AACACAGAAAACUCUGAAAAAAUGACCGGAAGGACACGAACAUGACAAUGAAAUCAAUAUUUCUGAAAUGCAUGAUGUAUAAAAGCAUGCUAGUCUUAAGUUUCACUUUCACUUUUCAUCAAAACCGAUUUACAUGCGGUGCAAAAUCAAGGAGAACAGCGUAAAAACCGUGAUUGCUGAACUCUGAAUGUACUGAAAACCCGAUCUAAACCGGUUUAAGGUUACUGUAGUAAACUCGUGACGCCAUCGAAUCGUUUGAUGCCGAUAUGUUCAGCGCCUUUAACUCGUCUGCAUGAAGUCAUCCAGACCUCCACGACCAAACCCCACGUCGUCUUCAUACUAAGUUUGCAGAGGAUACACUCCUGGGAAACCCAACAACGGAUGUCUCACCGUAUCCAAAGUAUUACACAGUUUGGGUCGUGGCGUACUGAUCCAAAGAGUAAAAUAUAGGUACACCAAUCAAACGAUAACAUGCUCAUCACAGAAGUACGGACCACCGGUUACAUUCAGUCUGAAACUCAAAGCUUGCGUUUGGUUCGUAGCGCAGAACCUGCAACAGUCGAAGGAAAAGCAAAUGCAUGCGAUGCCAUCCCCGGCGAAGGAGCGAGACGAGACGCUUCUUCAAACCAACGCACAAGACACUCGGCCUGAAAAACACACAGAAGAGGACUUGUGUUCUGUAGCUAUCACCGAACGCUCCCCGGCCGUGAUGAGAUACGUCGGAUUAGAGAAUCAGGGAGCUACCUGCUACUUGAACACGGUGCUCCAAAUACUCUUCAAGACGGAGGAGUUCAGAGAAGCUGUGAAACCGUACGCCACGAAUAAUUCCAGUUCCACCAUUAUUAACUGCAUCGCACAGUUAUUUGAGCGUUUGGAGCCUAGAAAGGAAACCAUUGCCACUACUGAAGAAAUCACAGACGAGCUUGAAAUCAACGUUUAUAAACAGGAAGAUGCUGCAAAAUGUCUUCAGAAGAUACUUCAGAAGAUACAGAAGAAUGACGGCUCUUCUGAAAUUUCUAAGAUCUUUCAGGGAGUGAUGGCUCAAACCACUAUUUGUUUAAAUCCAGCCAAACAUGUUUCUCUGAAGCAAGUUAAACCCUUUUUCAUUUUAUCAAUUUCCUUGGAUUCAGAGCCUGCUGUACACAUGCAAACGUGCUUUGAUUCGUAUUUUGCACCAAUCAGCAUGUGCGGGGAAGACCAGCUAGUGUACUGUAAAGACUGUGAAGAGAAGAUGGAGACAGAAAUCAUCUCCAGUUUGCAGGAAGUGCCUUCAGUUCUGGUUCUGCAUCUGGAGAGAUUUGAGUUUGAUUUCGACGCCAUGCGCUGCGUGAAGAAUUACUCCUCGGUGCAAAUCCCUCCUCAGUUACUGGUGGAAGAGGACAGCGGCGUGAAGCACUCGUAUGAUUUGUAUGCUAUAGCCAAUCAUUCUGGUUCUCUGGACGGAGGACACUACUAUGCCGACAUCAAAGAUCAGGACGGCUGGCAUCGGUUUGAUGACUCCGAAGUCAAGAGACUUCAGAUGAAUUUGACCUGUGAUCCGGACAUAUACAGCGAUGAAGCCUACUUACUGUUGUACAAAAAAUCCUCCUCCGUCACUAAAAACACGUUUAAACACCAGAAGAGACGCUCAAAGCGUAAAAGGGACAGUUUCUCUGAGGUCGGUGAGACGGAGAGUCCAGAGAAACGAGCAAAGACUCUUAUAAGAAGUGAAGACGACUCUCGGCCUGCGGUGAGUGAUAAACUAGAUCCUCUGGAUGAGUCCGAGACUGAAGCAGAGAGAAGAACCGAUGCUCAUCACGGCCAAACCACAUCAAACCAUUCAUCCGAUGAGAACGACUCAGAUAUCGACUCUGAAGAAGGGGAAGAGCGCGGUUUUAACACCGAAACUGAACCAGGCACCUCACCAGACGUGAGAGAUGAAGCUGUACCAGAAAACCAAAGGGAGGCCGUCACGAUAACGAUCAGCGAUCACGAUCAGCCCACAUCAAACAUCUCUGGAGAGAAUACAACAGGCACGGUUCUCCUGAAAGACAGCGACGCUGAAUCAGAGACUGAAUCGAACGCCUCACUAAACACGGAAAAGAAAUCUACGCUGGAAAUGAAGUCGAAGGACAAUCCUUCUAGUGCACGUCAAACCUCUUCUAGGAAAGCUCUCGUGAAAUAUUCCAUCAGCAUCUCAUCUUUAUCUCUUCUUGUUUGUCUUGGCCUUGUUCUUCUUGCUCUUUACUGCCCGCCUCACUUACUGAUGGUUGGCGGCGUUGUUCUCGUUUCUCUUCUUUGUCUUCUUCUUGUUCUUCUGGUCAGUUGUGUUGUGUCUUACCUGCUCCCCGUGAGGUUUACUUCAGGCAGAAAUCAUAACUCGCAGCAAUCUAGUGUGAUAUGAUUUUCACAAAGACAUUUCCUCAAACACUUCUCGACGUUACUGAAUCCUUAUAGUUCACCUGCGUUGCACAAAACACUCAAUAAAAGGUUUUACCUGUAAUAAAAUACUUGUUUUCGUUUUGUUAGUAUUUGUGUAGCGUUAAGCAUUCAAAUGUAUUCAGGAUUAAGACAAAAUGUGCAAUGGAGCUGUAAUUUAGUAUGAGAGAUGCAUCUUUUGAUCGAAUGAUGAGUUCUGUAAGAAAAUCUAAAGGAUGUAUUCAGAAAAUGAUGAUGUCACUGGUUUCUUGUCGCUCCUUUUUCAAUGAUUCAAUGAGAAAGUGGUGUAUAGAAGAUCUGGGAGCAUCUCGAGAAUCACGUGACUUUCCAGAAGAAUGUCUCAUUGGAGAAAAUGAAACUGAGACGUGUUUUCUAGAAACACCUGGGGCAAAGAUUGUAAAGCUCAUCUCGUCAGUCCUUGCUCUGUUUUAAGUCUAUUCUUGUAAAUGAACUGAGUCUCUUUAUGAAUGAAGAAAUGAAUCUGGAGUUGAGAGAAGACUUGUGGCCCGUCACUGAAUGAUUCGAUUUAAUUUCAUUACGUUUCCUUUCAAAUACAAAACACUACAGAUAUGCUAAAAGUCACAAACGGAGGCAAUGUUGAGUAAAGAGAUUUUUCUGGCCAGUAGGAAGUG